AUGACACUCUCCUCGCGGAUGUAUACGCGCUCACCGAAUUUCUCCUUUCUGAUUUGCCACCUGACGACACCAGCAACCUACUUCGCCCACAUCGUGUUGGAGUUGGAGGCUGCUAAAGCUAAGGCCGCUGUUGAUAUGGAACUAGCUGAAGCUGAAGCGGAAGCCAAAAUUAAUGCUGCGAAGAUUAAGGCAAAUAUUAAGUCCGAGCUGCUCAACAAAAAGCUAGCAGCCGAGAUGGCAGAGUUAGAGUCUACAUCACGCCGUUCCACUUGCCGUGGCACUAUUUGUGAGAUAGAGGGCUGUAAUCAACCCCAUCAUCGUUUGCUGCACUGGAGUAAGCCACAAAAUGAAAAACCCGAAACUGAGAAUGAAGAGGAGGAUGAGCAUCCCAGCCCUGAAACAGUGACUCAUAUGGUGGCAUCCCACUGUCACAAGGUGCUUUUGAAAGCGGUGCCGCUCACUGUUCACGGGCCCAACGGAGGUUUACAUACGCAUGCCAUACUGGACGAUGGAGCGACCGUGACCUUGAUAUCAGCUGACAUCGCAGACGAGCUAGGAUUGCAGGGCGAGAACGUUAUUAUGCGCGCUCGCAGUGCAUGGGACUCAGGCGAGCUAGUGUUAAGCAGAGAUAACCAGAGAACA